UCUCUUUGCAAAUGUGUAUUUGGCUUUUGGAUUCCAAUUUGUUUAUAUUGUUUGUUUAAAUGAUGUCCAGCAACAAUAAGAUCACGACCAAAACACAUGUCAAGCAGCGCAAAGAGCGGACAACAUUUUCCCUCGCCGAUCGUCUUGUGCCGCACGAGCUGCGCUCCGUGGAUCAAAUGACUUCGGCGGAUUUCCGUCACGAUUUCGGGGCGCAUUUGGAGAAUAUGCGCUGCAUGCAGAAGGAUCAACAGCACAUGCACUUCUUUCAAACGGCCAUCGAGGAGAAUCGUCAUCUCUUCGAGAAACGCACGAUUCUCGUCCUGAGCUGUGGCACCGGCACCUUGGCACUGUUGGCCGCCCAGGCAGGCGCCUCCACUGUUUAUGCCAUGGAUAACUCCAAUGUUACCGACUAUGCUCAGUUGGUGGUGAAGCAUAGCAGCUAUGCGCAUGUCAUCCAAGUGCUCCACGGACGUGUCUCUGAUGUGGAGCUGCCCCAGCAGUUGGAUGGCAUCAUUUGCAAUUGGAUGGGUCAUUGUUUGCUGUACGAAUCGCAACUGGUGGAGCUACUGCAGGCACGAGAUCGUUGGCUCAAACCCGCUGGCUUCAUUCUGCCCGAUCUGGGUGAACUUUAUCUGCUGGGCGGGGCACAUCAGCUGUUGAAGAAUGAUCGCUUCAAUUGGUGGCUGAAUGUCUAUGGUUUCAAUAUGAACGCACUGCGUCGUUAUUCACUGGCGGAGCCACGUUUUGUCAAGACGCAUGGCGAGCAGCUGCUCACCUUGGCCCACAAAGUGCUCCAAUUGAAUGUGGCUACGGCUCGUGUGGAGGAUCUGCAAAUAGAUCGUCAGUUUCGGUUGCAGGUGGAGCAGGAGGGUUACUGUGAGUGCUUUGUCCUCUACUUUGAUGUGGGCUUCAGUCGUGCCCAUCAUCAUCAGCCGCUCCAACUUAGCUGUAAUCCCUGCCUGCGCACUCCACUCAAAUCGCUGUGGUCGCAAACGCUCCUCUUUGUGGAGCAACCGUUUGUGAUGCGUCCGAGUCUCAGCUACACGGGUCACUUGCUCUUCAAGGCUCUGGCCCAGGAGCAGCAGGCGCAGAAGCAGCUUAAUCUGAAUCAAAUGCAAAUUGAGAUUGAGUUCUUUGAGAGCAGCGAGGAUGGCACAUUUGGCAGGCCAUUGGUGCUCAAGCGCUGGCUGCUCUUGCCGCGCUUUCAAACUGCCCAGGAAGUGGUCAGCUGUCAGGAUAAACAGCUGGCCGUAGACAAGCCACAUUAUAAUGCUAUCGGUACAGACGGCCGGCUGCGCGGGAAUGGAGCGGCUUGGCGUUCCGACCCGCACAUCGUUAGGCACACCACCCGAUGAAAGGGAUCAAUUUAGAUGUAGAAUGCGCGUUGAUGCGCUCCAAGCACGAGAGCUUCUUGCCGCACGAGGCG